AUGCAAAUUCUCAAGGCAUGCCAUGAUUCACCGGUUGGGGGUCAUCAUGGAGGAAACAGGACGGUGGCAAAAGUGCUUGAAUGUGGCUACUGUUUGCCAUCAAUCUACCAAGACGCAAAUCAAAUGGUCAAGGCAUGCGAUCAAGGUCAAAGACAAGGGUCAAUAUCUAAAAGACAUGAUAUGCCUAUGAAUUUUGUGAUGGAGGUCGAGAUCUUUGAUGUGUGGGGGAUAGACUUCAUGGGCCCUUUCGUGAGCUCUUAUGGCAUGACAUACAUCUUGGUGGCUGUGGACUACGUCUCCAAGUGGAUCGAGGCAAUCGCCUUGCCAAAAAAUGAAGCAAGGAGUGUGACGGCAUUCUUGAAGAAAAACAUAUUCACGUAG